AUGAUAAUAGAAGUAGUAAUUCCUGCUGCUGUUGUUGUUGUUGUUGUUGUUAUUGUUGUUGUUGUUGUUCUUGCUGUUUUGUUGUUGUUGUUGUUGUUGUUCUUGCUGUUGUUGUUGUUAUUGUCGUCGUUGUUGUAUUCUUCUUAUCAAGUUGAUAUGGUUUCUG